AUGCCUCAUGUUCCACCCCAUCCAAUCAAGCUCGCCAUCCUCGACGACUACCAAAAUAUUGCAGCACCAUACUUCGAAUCCCUCAAGUCCGCCUUCGAAAUAACAGUCUUCAACGACACCCUCCUCCCCUUCUCCAACCCCGCAACCCCAGACUCCGCCAAACAUGAACUCGUUCAACGUCUCAAACCCUUCACCAUCAUCUCCUCCAUGCGCGAACGCACUCCCUUUCCGGAUGCUCUACUCUCACGACUCCCCAACCUCAAACUCCUCCUCACAACCGGAACCCGCAAUGCAGCCAUCGACAUGCCCGCCGCAAAGAGACUCGGCAUCCACGUGACUGGCACCUUGGGGAAUGGACGAACGAAUGCAAAGACUGCGAAGCGCAAAGGACCAGAUAGUACGACUCAGCACUGCGUUGCUCUCAUUCUCGGCAUAGCCCGAAACAUCGCCCACGACCACGCGGCUGUGCAAACCGGGGGCUGGCAGACGGGUCUCGCAACCGGGCUGAGCGGGAAGACGUUCGCGACAUUGGGAUUAGGGCGCUUGGGCGUCAAUGUAGCGCGGAUCAUGAGUGUAGCGUUUAGCAUGAAGAUUGUUGCUUGGAGUAGUAGCCUUACGCAAGAUGUGGCUGAUGAGAAGGCUCGGGCCGCUGGACUACCGGUUGAGGAUGAAGAUGGCGAGAAGACGUUCAAGGUCGUGAGUAAAGAGGAGUUGUUCAGGAGCGCAGACGUGCUGAGUGUGCAUUAUGUGCUUUCUGAUCGCUCGCGUGGCAUUGUCGGGGCGGCGGAUCUCGCGCUGCUCAAACCGUCUGCACUCUUCAUCAACACUUCCCGCGGCCCCUUGGUAGACGACGAUGCGUUGUAUGAUGUUUUGCAAGCUGAGAGGAUUCGGGGCGCAGCGUUGGAUGUUUUUGAACUGGAGCCGUUGCCGGUUGAUAGCAGGUGGCGGACGACGGAGUGGGGCAGGCGCGUGCUGUUGAGUCCGCAUAUGGGGUAUGUGGAAGAGGAGACGAUUGGGAAUUGGUAUGAGGAACAGGUUGAGAUUGUGGAGCGAUGUAUAAUGAUGAAGUCCUUGAUCCGAGCAGUCAUUGCCUCGUAUCCCAAUUUCAAGGUGCUAGACAGCCAGAAUACUCAAACCGCCCUGACUCUAUCCACGGCCAACUACUUGGUCUCUCCUCAACAGAAACUUCCUGCGCCUUAUGUGCUCAACGAUGAAGAGUUGUUAUACAUCAGAAUUCUCGUAAGCCGCAUUCCAAGCUUCACUCUGAAUUCCACUGGUCACAGUGCAGCUCUGGGAUAUACGCUCGCCGUUCAUAUUGCUUCAAAGCUAGACCAGAUCUACGAAAGUACGGCAAGAGACUUCUUAGAAAACUUUUCUAUCGGUAUACACAGAGCCCUCUUGGAGCGACCCGUUUGUGGGUAUUGGGCUCCAAUCAAUCAUGGCCCCUCCGACGAAUUCGAUGACCGACUCCUCACGCAAGAAGUACGAGACGUGGAGGUUUUUGCCUGUGCAACAAUCGACCGCGUCCAGGUUCCUACACAUGAGUCGGUCAAGACGUUCGCGGAGAACCUUGGAUACGAAAUAAUGACCAAGAUGGAGUGUAUUCCCUGGGGACGCAUCAACACCUACCAAUUUGCUCAAAUAUUCUACACCAAGCUCAUGGAGCAAGUCGAGCCUGUAAUCAAGUUGCCUGUCACGCAUGAGCAGUUUAAAAACUUCGAUGCACAGAUGGAACGUCAGAAUCACCCUCAACCUCGCAUCGACGACGAGAGACCUGGCUUUAAGGCAGUGACGCAGACAGCUGAGAACGAUCCCUUUGGGAAAUUGAUCGCAGCGCGAGAGCCUAAGCCAUCUGCCGAGACUUCUCCAUCCGAUACACCUACGGAUGACAUAUCGAUGUUAAGCAACGACUCUGCCCCUUCGAGCCCCCUCGAUAUAUCGAUGUUAAGCGACAACUCUGCUCCCUCAACUCUUGAUCGCGGCAUACCUUAUCCGAAACAUAACGGCGGACACAGCAAUACGCCCAGUGAAGCUAUUACACAAGACCCAGCAGAACUGUCUGACGACGAUGAAUCUUCGGAGUCGGAAGACACUCCAACCAAGGUGCUGAUGCCUCCAGCAAGUAAUAUGUCUAAGACGCUAGCCCCCUUCUCCAUUCCAGCGCCGGCGGCAAUGCCUCCAAGAAAGCCUCCUAUGAGCCUAUGA